AUGAGGGGUUGGUGGUGCUUGAUGGUUCGCCGGCUUGGGUGCCAGAGCUUCCGUUUCAUGUGGGCGAGCGGGCGCUUGAGGUGCAUCACACAGAGGAGGAAUGUUUGUGGGGCGACGUCGCAAGCCUGCGCCCGAACGACUUGGUGCGCCAGGACGUGCUGCUCGGGGACCUCCCCCAAAUCUUCCAAGCCUUCGCCAAAGAAUGGAUUCAAAGGUGGAUCCGGCCGGACCACUUGGAGGCGCAUAGGUGGGACGGCCUGUUUGGCCAGCUUUCCGUUGCCCCAAGGCCGACCUAUGGUGCUCGCGCCCAUUUCUGAAGAGACAUGGCGAGCGGCGGCGCGGGCGAAGCGGUCUUCGGCAGCCAUAGGGCCUGACGGCGUGUCACGCGAUGACUUGUUGCGCCUUCCCUCGGAUCUUGUGCAAGGCAUGUUGGCCAUUUACCAGGAAGCCGACACCGGGAAAUGGCCUGAACAAAUGCUGGUAGGCAUAGUGGCAGCGUUGGCAAAAGUGCCACACGCCAGGGAGGUGACGCAGUACAGGCCAAUAACGGUCUUGUCGUUGUCAUAUAGGGUUUGGGGGUCUAUCCGCGCGCGUCAGGCGCUGGCCUAUCUCCGGGGAGUGGUGCCUGACACGCCGUAUGGCAACAUGCCGGGGAGGGCUGCGGCUACCAUUUGGUGGCAGCUUCAGGCAGAGGUGGAGCGUGCGCAAGCCCAGGGCUACGUUCUGGCAGGGGCUGCCCUUGAUUUGCAGAAAGCCUUCAACACUUUGCCCAGGGUGCCAGUUCUUGCUCUUGCCGAGUUGGUUGGCCUCCCGGCUGGGUUGGUGAGAGGUUGGUCCGGCGCUUUAACUGGGGUGCAGCGCAGGUUUAAGGUACGUGGUUCCGUCGGUCCGGCCUUGCUUGCCAAUGCAGGCUUUCCAGAAGGCGAUGCCAUGUCCGUUGUCGCCAUGGCGCUGGUUGACUUAGCACUCCAUCAUCAUAUAGCAGCACAGGUGCCUCUUUCCAAAGUCAUUUCCUUCGUGGACGACUGGCAGCAUCUCACACACCAUCCGGCCGUCAUCCCGGAGGCAGUCCAAGCCACCAAGGCCUUUGCGCAAUCCUGGGACAUCGCGCUGGAUGAGUCUAAAACUCAGGUCUGGGCGACAACCGCGGAAGCCCGGAAGGCACUUCGAAACCAAGGUUUCCAGACCACGCUGGAUGCUCGUGAUUUAGGGGGCCAUCUGUCCUUCUCUAAACGUGUAUCUGUCUAUACCAUCACGACCAGGAUUAAAUCAAUGCAGCCCCUCUGGUCGCGGCUUCAGCUGUCACCUGCCCCCUUUGAGCAGAAGCUUCGUGCGCCCUCAGUGGCGGCCUGGCCGCGCGCGCUUCAUGGCAUUUCGGUUGUUCUCUUGGGGGAUGGGCACUUUGACGGGUUGCGUAGUGCGGCUGUGCGAGGGCUAGGGGCCAAGCGGCCUGGGCUCAACCCAGCUGUUUUGUUGGGGCUCACUGUUUAUCCGGUGGCCGAUCCUGCCUUCUUUGCGCUUCUUUCCACAUUCAGAGAUCUUCGAACCCAUGGGUCGCCAGCAACAGUGGGCCAGUUGGCCGAUCCCAUUGCUGUGGGGGCACUUCCUGUAGGCGCGGGGCCGGUUUCGGUUUGGUUGGGUAGGUGUAAUGCGGUGGGUUUGGCUUGGAGGCCCGAAGUGCAGAUGCUGGAGGAUUCACUGGGGGCUUUUGAUCCUUGGGCCACCUCCAUGCAGGAGGUUGAGCUGCGAUUGGUUCGCGCAUGGCAGGGAUCCAUCGCAUCCCGCGUGCAGCAUCGGCGAGGGUUUGCAGGGUUGAGACAGGCUGAUCCUGUCCUCACGCGCAAGCUUACAGCCCAGUGGCCGGCUGAGGACAGGGCCUUGAUACGCAUCACGCUCACAGGGGCCUUCUUUACAGAGGAUGCCUUGCACCACAUUGGAGGCGGCGAUUCGCCAUUAUGUCCCUUUUGCGACCAGCGUGACGGCGUUGAGCAUAGGGUUUGGCGCUGCACUGCUUUCAACCGCGAGCGCCAGCAGGCCCUUCGGGGGAGCACUUUCACUUUCGAGGACUUACCGCCGUGCCAGUCCAUGCAUGGUUGGUGCAUGCAGCCGCGUGAGCUUGACGUGCUACAGCAAGAACUGCUCGGCAUACCGUGCUUGCUUUGUGAUUUUCAGGUGCCGCAUUCGGCAGAAGAUCAGAUCGACUUGUUUACCGAUGGGUCAUGUUUGCUUCCAAGAGAACACCACCUGCGUUUGGCAGCUUGGGCUGUCACAGUUGCGGCCCCUGUGGGCGAGCCAGCAGUCAUCCUUGCCGCAGGGCCGGUGCCAGGCCUUGUGCAGACUGCCUAUCGCGGCGAGCUGUCCGCAGUUCUGUCUGCCCUCAAGUAUGCGCAGGCCUCGGACGCAGGGUUCGCCUUUGGAGUGAUUGUCUGGGGGUAG